AUGAUUAACUCUUAUGGUCUCAGUGGAAUGGAUAUGCAAACUCUUGAACUGUUCGCUCGAAUGCCAAAACAGAUCAUUCAUGAAGUGACUUAUAUUUGCAUACUAAACGCAUGUUCACACUCUGGUCUUGUUGAUGAAGCUCGCUCUAUCUUUCAAAACAUCCAAAUGAAAACACCGAAAGUGUGGACAUCUAUGGUUGAUUGCCUUGCUCGUGCAUCUUUGUUCGAUGAAGCACAGGCGUUGAUCGAUGGAUUCGAACGUUCGCAUACACCCGUCGUAGAUAUGCACAUGGCGUUGUUAUCGGGUGCAAGAAAUGACAAAAAUGCUCAGCUAGCACAGAAUAUCUGUGAUCGACUGAAGAGAUUGUUUCCAUCCACGAAAGAUUCCUUGACAGCAGCUGAAGUUCUUCUUGCAAACACUUACGCAUCGUCUGGUGACAUUGGGAAGGCAUCAGAUAUUCGAAUUCAACUCACCAAAUCCGGAGCAAAGAAGAAGAUCGGGACAUCAACGACUGUAGUUGAUGGAGAAAUUUAUGAAUUUCGUGCUCAUGAUAGAUCUCAUCCGCGAUCAGACGAAAUUUAUCGUGAAGUGCAGAAAAUGUCAGAAGAAUUAAUCGCACAUGACCAUGAGUACGAUUCCAGUUGGAUAACGCGAACGAUGGGUGAAGACGAAAGUGUCGAAUCGGUUCUCUGUGGUCAUAGUGAGCGACUUGCGAUGGCAUGGAAUUUCGUGACUAAUCCUCACGCGAAAAGAAUUCAAAUCACGAAGAACUUGAGAGUGUGUGGCGAUUGUCGUACAGCGAUUCGUCAAUGUGAAAUAAUUGUUCGAGAUGCGAAUCGAAUUCAUCACUUUCACAAAAAUGGUCAAUGUUCGUGUAACGAUUAUUUCUGA